GGUAUGCUGCGCAAAUUCGCAAAUUCGAUGCCUUCUCUUUUUCUCCUCUUCUAAGCCCUAGCUUUUCUGACUACAUGCCAUCUAGCAUCAUUAUUAUUUGCUCCACGGGCUUUGGGCUCCCUCGCUAUGUGGAUAGUAGCAUCAGCCGAGACGUCGCACAGGCAGGAAACGAACUAGAAUCUCAUAGGCCGCUUCGACAGCUUCAGCCACUACAGACCCAUCUCCUAUGUUCCCCACACGACAUGGGUUUCUUGCACCCUCCCCGUACGAGUCGCAGUUUGUGGUGUCCCUGGCGGUGUGGAGAGAGUUAGAUGGCGAUGGACCAGUAUGCCCAGAGCCCCUGGAUCACGUCUGGGAGAUUCGUAGGCAUACUGAGCCAGCCAUUAAGGCUAAGGAGAAAGCCGGGGAGGCAGAGGAGGAGGCAGAGAAAGAACACGCAGAAAACCAGAACUUGGAACUGAAUGCAGGCCAGUUGCGGAAUCCUGCGAUCUGUUUUUUCAGGCAGUUAUCAGCAACUCAUGUACUGGCAAGACUACGUUCGAGAUGUACAGAACUUUUGAAUCGAGGUGUGCUGAGUUCUGGAGAGAGUCUAGCUCUCUUUAUGAGAUAAGCUGUGCACCCACACAAGAACCCUCGUCAGCAACCACCCAAGCGAUCCUGGCUAUGGCAGCUGCCAACAGGGCCAUGCAGCGGAUCAAGGACCUUUUAGGCUUCAGACUCUGAACACCAGACAGCUGCUGGCAACUACCGUUUACGCCAGUAUAUGUAGUAGGCCAACAGAAUAUUUCAUGCCACGUUUUCAGCACUUCAGCCUCAAUAUACAGUUUGGCGGCACACCUGCA